AUGGCUGCGCCAAGCAGGCUUCCCCACCACAACUACAGCUUCGCCCUUGAGAAGUACAUGCUCCUGCAAGAGCAGCACGAGGAGCUCAGCCAUCACCUGCAACAAAUCCGCCCGCGCCAACACUCGACGGGCAGCAUCUCAACACGAUCCUCUAGCGUCUCGUCAAUCUCAUCACGCCGGCGACAUGCGCGGGGCGGGCGGACGCGGUGCAGCAUCGCCGCCGAAGCUUGCCUCGACACCAUCGUCGACGAGGAGACGCUGUAUGAGAUCUCAGCCGAGGAGCAGCGCCUGUUCGACGUCAACGAGAGCAUCAAGCGCGCGCUGACGGAGCUGCUCAACUGCGACGCUGUGCGCUGCGACAAGUCGAUGCGCAUGUGGGCGCAGGCCCGGCUCAUGGAGACGGAGAAGGAGCUGCGGUCCGGGCGCCGGAGGAAGAGCUCCCCGUGCAUGGAGUAG